UAUAGGGGUAUUUCACAAAAGCAGAAGUAGAAAAUUCAAGAUAACAGAUAAAGCGAUCCUUGAUCUAGCGUUGUCUGGUCAAUCUAGCUCAACAUGUUUCAUGAACGCCAAGCCAGGAUGAGUGGGAGUGACUAGGUCAAGCUAAGUGGCAACAUGAUCUGGAUCUUUCUUGGCAUUCUGUUAACCGUGGGUGGUUGCACAGCCACCACAUCUAUUUCCUGUCGGAAUGAACAAGGACAAGCCGUUGACUGGUACAUUUUAUACAAGCAACCCAACAUCGAUGGCAAAAAUGGACUGAGGUAUCUCUACAUGGAUGAGACCACCAAUGGCUGGGUCCCAGGCCAGUACACCAUUGAUGAUAAACAAAGUGCUGUGGCUCAAACACUAAAGCCUUUAUUUGAUAACAUCGACACAGAAACUGACACUUUUGGAUACAUACUGUACAAUGAUCAACCACCAGUGCCUUACAGAACAGCCUCCUCUUCUUAUGGACACAGCAAAGGUGUUGUUCUGCUUGACAAACAUACUGGCAUUUGGUUGUCACACAGUACCCCGGAUUUCCCCGGAGUUGACAUCAACUCUUUCUGGCCACAGAGCGGCUACCACAACGGACAAUCCUUUAUCUGUGGAACAUACAAAUACUCUACUUUCAAGGACAUUGCAAUCCAGCUCGAGUACAUUCAUGUGAAUCCGUUUAACUCCCACAUCCCUGAGUCCUUCUACCCUGAGCUCCAGUGUGUGGCCAAUAAAGGCUGCUAUCCCAAAGAGGCGCCCUACUAUCGACAGCUCGACAUGACGACCCUAGCAGGACACAAGUUUGUCAGCUAUGCCAAAUAUGGCAGACUCCAUGAUGAUCUGUUCUCUGCUGUGCUUGAUAAACACAUGGGGGGUGACUUCUACGCCAAGAGCUGGGGUAGACUUCGCCACCCACUGCCUUCCAACUGUUCCGUCCCUAACAUCGUGUACAACGUGGAGCAAGUGCAGCUUCCGACCACCGAGCCCUUCAGCGUCACCGUGGACCACUCAAAGUGGAGCGUGACGGUGGACGAGUCCUCCAGGCCGUGGACCUGCAUCGCCGACAUGAACCGAGAAGUUAGUCAGGAGAGCAGAGGCGGGGGGGCAGUGUGCACAGACAACCCUGCUGUGUGGAGCGCCUUCUCUAGCAUCGUGUUCAGCUAUGAGCCAUGCCCUAACUGAUCACUGUAACAGGUCUACGAGCCAUGCCCUAACUGAUCACUGUAACAGAUUUACAGCCAAGUAGCAGCUUUGUAAAGGGUGUGUUGAAUUUUCAAAAUAAAACAUAAUUAUUUUGAAAUCCUACAUGGCUUCAUUGUGUUUCUGAUGGUUAUAAAUUCUCAUGUUCUAAAGAAGGUUGAGCCACUCCUGUCUCUCCUGUCUCUUUUAACUGUAUGUUGGCCGACGUUUUCAUAACUAAAUUCUAAUAUCUCAUAACAUUGUGGUUUUCAACUUUCCAUCUUGUGGGAAGACAAUGAA